GUAAAGAAUGUCUUUGAACAAGAAGGUUUCAGUCGUCAGAAGCGAGGCUACAGGAAUAUCAAUGAUAUAGAAGUCAACAUGAGUGACCCCCUGUUCACCAAGCAGUGGUAUUUGAUAAACACAGGCCAGGCAGAUGGGACCCCGGGGUUGGAUCUUAAUGUGGCCGAAGCUUGGAAACUAGGCUACACAGGCAAAGGAGUUACCAUCGCAAUCAUGGAUGACGGUAUCGACUAUCUACAUCCAGACUUGGCAUCAAAUUAUAAUGCCGAUGCCAGCUAUGACUUCAGCAGCAAUGACCCGUUCCCAUUUCCACGGUACACAGAUGACUGGUUCAACAGUCAUGGUACACGAUGUGCCGGGGAGGUGUCUGCAUCAGCCAACAAUAACAUCUGCGGUGUGGGAGUCGCCUACAACUCCAAGGUGGCAGGUAUUAGGAUGCUGGACCAGCCUUUUAUGACUGACAUCAUUGAGGCGUCUUCCAUCAGCCACAUGCCUCAGAUUAUUGACAUUUACAGUGCCAGCUGGGGACCAACUGAUGACGGCAAAACAGUGGAUGGACCCCGGGAGCUUACACUGCAGGCUAUGGCUGAUGGCGUCAACAAGGGGCGUGGAGGGAAAGGCAGCAUCUACGUCUGGGCAUCAGGAGAUGGUGGGAGCUAUGAUGACUGUAACUGUGAUGGAUACGCCUCAAGCAUGUGGACAAUCUCCAUUAACUCUGCCAUCAACGAUGGACGCACUGCUCUGUACGAUGAGAGCUGCUCCUCCACCCUGGCAUCGACAUUCAGCAACGGACGCAAACGGAACCCAGAGGCUGGCGUUGCCACCACAGACCUGUAUGGAAACUGCACGCUGCGUCACUCUGGAACAUCGGCAGCAGCGCCGGAGGCAGCAGGCGUCUUUGCUUUGGCUCUUGAGGCUAACCCUAACCUGACAUGGAGAGACAUGCAGCACUUGUCCGUCCUGACCUCAAAGCGAAACCAGCUCCACGAUGAAGUCCACCAGUGGAGGAGGAAUGGUGUGGGCCUCGAGUUCAACCACCUGUUUGGGUACGGCGUGCUGGAUGCUGGGGGCAUGGUGAAAAUGGCCAAGGACUGGAAAACUGUACCGGAGCGUUUCCAUUGUGUUGCUGGAUCCAUCCAGGAACCCCAUAAAAUCCAGACUGGCAACAAGCUGGUGUUGACCAUCACCACUGAAGCCUGUCAAGGGAAGGACAACUUUGUCCGCUACCUGGAGCACGUUCAGGCCGUCCUGACCGUCAACGCCAGCCGCCGUGGGGACCUCAACAUCAACAUGACCUCUCCCAUGGGCACAAAGUCCAUACUGUUGAGUCGAAGGCCCCGUGACGACGACGCCAAGGUCGGCUUUGACAAGUGGCCCUUCAUGACCACCCACACCUGGGGAGAGGACCCCCGUGGAACCUGGGUCCUUGAGGUGGGCUUUCAGGGGGAGCAGUCACAGCGAGGGGUUCUGAAGGAGUGGACUCUCAUGCUGCACGGAACACAAAGUGCGCCUUACAUAGACCAGAUUGUGCGUGAUUAUCAGUCUAAACUCGCCAUGUCUAAAAAGGAGGAGCUGGAGGAGGAGCUGGAUGAAGCUGUAGAGAGAAGUUUGAAGAGUUUAUUGAGUAAAAACAACUAAAAUUCAAAUUCCACCUGCAUGUCGCCACCUCCGUCACGUUCUCCUGUAUUUUAACUUCUCUGCAGUCCUGCUCUUUUCUCAAAACCUCACUACUUCUCUUUAGUUGGGGACUGCAUAGUAAAUGCAGACACCUAUUAUUAUCCACCCAACUUGGGUUUCUUAACUUUAUUUAUAUCUUAUACACUCUUUUGUCA